AUUUAAUAAAAAUACAUAAUUAAAAUUAUAUAAGAAAAUUAUGAUAAAAAACAAAGAAAUUGAUGAUUCAUUAAAUAAAUUAGUCUCAACACUUCAACUUCAAAACACAUUUAAAAGAGAUUUUUUAAUUAAUAAUGAAAAACGCUUUCAAAAUAAGUGGAAAAGAGAAAAAGUUUUUGAGGUAGAUGCACCUUCUAUUGAAAAUGAGCCGAUCCAUGAUAUAAAUAUUUUACAUGAAAAGUAUCCCAAAUUCUUUGGAACUAUGUAAGGAUUUUUUCUUAAUUUUUUCCUUUUGAAAAAUCCAGGGCUUAUCCAUAUAUGAAUGGGUCAUUACACUUAGGACACGCUUUUACUAUGACAAAAGUUGAUUUUGCUGUUGGAUUUGAGCGUAUGAGAGGAAAAAGAUCUCUUUUUCCUCUAGGAAUGCAUUGCACAGGAAUGCCUAUAAAAGCAUGUGCUGAUAAGCUUCAAAGGGAAAUUGAACUAUUUGGGAAAGAUUUUUCAGGAUACAUAGAAAAAGACGAAAAGUGUAUAGAUUCAGUUUCUAAUGAAAAAGAUUUAACUAAAUUUCACUCAAAAAAAGGAAAAGUAUCAAUAAAAAAACAUAACUUAGAACAUCAAUUUCAAAUUAUGCGGCUUUUAGGUAUACCUAAUGAAGAAAUAUACAAAUUUGCAGAUGCAGAAUACUGGUUAAAAUAUUUUCCAGAUUUAUGUAAACAAGAUGCUGAAAAUUUCGGUGCUCGUAUUGAUUGGAGAAGAUCCUUUAUUACUACCGAUACUAAUCCAUAUUAUGAUAGUUUUAUACGUUGGCAGAUGAAUUGCCUAAAAAAAUUAGAAAAAAUCAAAUUUGGGGAGAGAUAUACUAUUUUUAGUGCAAAAGAUAAUCAACCUUGUAUGGAUCAUGAUAGACAACAAGGGGAAGGAAUUUGCCCUCAAGAAUAUACAUGUAUAAAGUUAGAAGUUAUUUCAUGGUCUGAAGAAGCGAAAUCUAUACUCGUUAAUUUUAAUUUUUCUGGAAAAUCUAUAUAUAUGGUUGCAGCAACAUUAAGACCAGAAACAAUAUAUGGACAAACAUGUUGUUUUGUUAACCCUAAUAUUUCCUACGGAAUAUUUAAAUCAAAUAAUCCUAAUGAAUACUUUAUUUGUACUUCAAGAUCAGCAAAAAAUAUGGCUUUUCAAAAAUUAUCACCAGGAAAAGGAAUUAUUGACAAAAUUGUAGAUUUAAAAGGUUCAUCAAUGAUUGGUACAAAGGUUAAAGCACCUUUAAGUAUAUAUACAGAAGUGUAUGUUUUACCUAUGGAAAGUAUACUUAUAAAUAAAGGAACAUCUAUUGUUAUAUCUGUUCCUUCGAACUCACCAGAUGAUUAUGCAACCGUUUUAGAUUUAACAAAAAAAGCAUCAUAUUAUGGAAUUAAAAAAGAAUGGGUAUGUUAUGAUCCAAUACCUAUAAUCCAUACACCAAUGUAUGGGGAUUUAGCAGCUCCUAAAUUAUGUAAAGAAAUGAAAAUCCAAAGUCCAAAAGAUUCUAAACAGUUAACAGAAGCAAAAGAAUUAAUAUACAAACACGAUUAUUAUUACGGAACCAUGCUUAUAGGUAAAUAUAAAGGAGAAAAAGUUGAGGAAGCUAAACCAAAAAUUCUUUCUGAUUUAAUUGCUAAAGGAAUUGCCUUCAUAUAUAGUGAACCUGAAGGACUUGUUAUUAGUAGAAGUGGUGAUCAAUGUAUUGUAGCUUUAUGUGAUCAAUGGUAUAUAGACUAUGGAGAAGAAAGUUGGAAACAAGAGGCAAAGAAAUGCCUGUCUAGGAUGGAAACAUAUGGUGAUGAAACUAGACAUGCGUUUGAAGGAACUCUUGAAUGGCUAAAUCAAUGGGCAUGUUCAAGAUCUUAUGGUUUAGGCUCACGUCUUCCCUGGGAUCCUCAAUAUCUUGUAGAAAGUUUAACAGAUUCUACUAUUUAUAUGUCUUAUUAUACUAUUGCUCAUCUUCUUCACGAAGAUAUCAUGGGAUUAAAAAAAGGCCCAGCUAAUAUAGAAGCACAGGACAUGACAGAUGAUGUAUGGAAUUAUAUCUUUUGUUAUGGCCCUAAACCAGACACAAAAAUACCGAUUUAUAUACUUGAUAAAUUGAGACGAGAAUUCGAAUAUUUUUAUCCUUUAGAUCUCAGGGUUUCCGGAAAAGAUUUAAUCCCUAAUCAUUUAACUUUUUGGAUAUAUGUUCAUACAGCAAUAUUCCGUGAAAAUAUAUGGCCUAAGUCUGUUAGAGGAAAUGGUCAUUUACUAUUAAAUGGAGAAAAGAUGUCUAAAUCAACGGGAAAUUUUUUAACGUUAAAAGAAGCAAUAGAAAAAUUUGGAGCAGAUGCUACUAGAUUAGCUAUGGCAGAUGCAGGUGAUAGCCUUAAUGAUGCAAAUUUCGAAGAGACAACAGCUAACUCAGCAAUAUUACGUUUGUAUACAUUAGGAUUAUGGUGUAAAGACCAAAUUGAAAAAUUAGAUAAUUUCAGAAACGGGGAAAUGAAUUUCCAUGAUUAUGCUUUUGAAAAUGAAAUGAAUGAACUAAUUCAACUAACAUAUAACCACUAUGCAAGCACAUCAUAUAAAUUAGCAUUAAAAGUUGGCUUUUAUGAUUUUCAAGCUGCUAGAGAUUGGUAUCGAGAAGUUACUCUUGAUCAUGGAACACAUAGAAACUUAAUAAAAAGAUGGAUCGAGGUUCAAGUUUUGCUAGUAUUACCAUUCAUUCCACAUUUUAGUGAUUUUAUAUGGUCAGACAUUUUGAAAAAUAAUUCGUGUAUCCAUGAUGUUUAUUUUCCAGUAAUUUCAAAACCUAUUAAUAAUUCUAUAUCUUAUAGUUUGUCAUAUCUUCGAUCUCUUGUCAAAGUAAUUAGGGAAGAAGAAAACCAGCAACUAAAAAAACAGAAAAAAGGCAGAAAUAUUUUAUUUGAUCCUAAAAAGCCAAAAAAAAUAACAAUCUAUGUUUCUACUGAUUUUUCAAAAUUGCAACAAAAAUAUAUUGAUCUUCUUCAAGAAUGUUAUGAUGAAGAAAAAAAAAAGUUUAACGAAACUUUGUCUAAAAUAUCAAAAAUGGAAGAAAUGAAAGAAAUUACACCAUUUAUUCAACAAAUAAAAUUAUUAAUAUUAAAUAAAAAAAAAACUGAUGAAAAAAUAUUUAAAAAAGAAAUGUUAUUCAAUGAAUUAGAUGUAUUAUCUAGCAGUAUUUCUUUUCUGAAGCAAAGCAUAGGAAUAACUAUAAUUGAAAUCAUUAAAAUAACAUAUAACGAUGAAGACAUUAUGUCAGCAGAAUCAAUCCUAAAUGGUAAUAAAAUUAACAUAAUCCCGGACAAUGCAAAAAAUUCUAUGCCUGGUCAUCCUGUUUUUCUUUUUGAAAAUAUUUAAAAAAUCAAAAUAAUACAGUUAUUAAAGCAUUGUAUAAGUAAAAUAAAAU